AUGCCAUCAAAAGGGGUUGCCCUCAUCACGGGCGCGGGGCAGGGCAUCGGGCGGGCGAUUGCGCUGCGGCUUGCUUCCGACGGGUUCGAUAUAGGGCUGAGCGAUCUCGCCUCGAACGAGGCGAAACUUCAGGCAGUCGCGGAGGAAAUCCGGUCACAGUAUCCCGAGAAAAGGGUCGCCACGCAGACGGGGAACGUGACGGUUGAGCAGGAUGUUGAGAACGUGAUCGAGCAGCUUGCGACGGAGCUUGGUGGACUGGACGUGGUCGUCGCAAACGCGGGGAAAAUCCACUCUGCCCCUCUUAUCGACACUAGAGUUGAAGAUUGGGAUACCAUCUUCGCAAUCAACGCACGCGGGGUGUUCUUGACCUACAAGCAUGCAGCGCGGAAGAUGAUCGAGCUCAACGCGACGCACAAGCGUGGACGUCGCAUUAUCGGUGCAAGUUCCUUGUUGGGAAAGAUGGGAGAGGAGACGAUGUGCGCAUACUCGGGGUCCAAGUUAGUCUCCUUUUUGCAGCCGUUUUACACGUGUCGCUGCGCUCUUUUGACGCUGUGUAAAAAGUUUGCAAUUCGAGGUCUUACCCAGUGUGCUGCUACCGAGCUUGGCGUCCACGGUAUCACAGUUAAUGCAUACGCACCCGGUCCUACCCAGACCGCUCUACUCGCAGAUCUAAACAAGCAAACCAUGGAACGUUUGGGAUCAACAGAUCAGCGCGUCUAUGACGACGAUGUGCUCAAGAAAAUGAGCCUCAAGUACCUAGGAAAAGCCGAAGACAUCGCGGCCCUUGUAUCUUUCCUCGCCUCAGAGGAAUCGCACUUCAUUACAGGGCAAAGCAUCACUAUUGACGGAGGCAGGCACUUCGACUAAUCAACGUAUCUGAUAACUUCUGUAUCAUUGUUGACUGAAUUAUGAUUCGCGGAUAGUAGAAACAUGGGGCGGCGGAAUUCUGAAAUCGUAGUCAUAGGUUCAUCUUGUACUGGUAUUUGUUUUACGUUCGCACUAUAUUAAGGAAGAUCAUACCCAC